GUCUCAGACAAGCCUUCCGAGAACCAUUACCAUUACUUCGACAACCGAGUGCUUCCUCCCCAUGUUGAUGCAGAUCUUGCCUAUGCAGAGGGAUGGUGGUACAAGCCUGAGUAUAUCAUCAACCACAUGAACAUCAACUCGGCGAUGUUCGAGCCGCGCCACAACUCGUUUGUGGAAGAGAAGAACUUGCCCAAGACCAUCAAGGUCUCCGGAUACGGCUACACUGGUGGAGGCCACAAGAUCAUCCGAGCGGAGAUCUCCCUGGAUUCGGGCAAGUCUUGGGAGAUCACUGAGCUCCAAAGGCCAGAAGAUGAGAUCGCAGAAGCACGUGGAACUGACAAGCACUGGUGCUGGGCUUGGUGGGAAACGGAGGUUGACAUGAGUCGUCUCUUGGAUAGCAGCUGCGAAGAGAUUUGCUGCCGCGCUUGGGAUUCCAACCAGAAUUGUCAGCCUGUGCAGCUCACCUGGACGGUGAUGGGCAUGUUGAACAAUCCCAUUUACCGCAUCAAGAUCCACCGGGAAGGCAGCAGGAUGUGGUUCGAGCAUCCAACUCAGGGCUCCAUGCCAGGCGGCUGGAUGACUGAUCAAGCAGGUCAGUUCAACGAACGCUUUGCAGUUGAGGCGACGCCGGGGAAGACUGGCGUGGCUCCCUUGCGGCCCGUGGCUGCAGUGUGGAAGGGCGCCAAGACAGACUCCGUGAGUGCUGCGGGUGCCAGUUCUGCCAGCCAAGCUGCAACCAUCCAGCCUACCAAGGCAGGCAAGCUGGUGCAGUCCACAGAGGAGUGGCUUGCAGGAAUCAGCAUGGAGGAAGUUAAGAAGCACGACAACGAGCAGAGCUGCUGGUUCGUCGUUAAGGGUAACGUCUAUGAUGGCACUCCUUAUCUGCAAGACCACCCUGGGGGAGCUUCCUCCAUCCUCCUUGCCGGUGGUAUCGAGGCCACCGAGGACUUUGAAGCAGUACAUUCCUCGCGCGCUUGGGAGAUGCUGAAGGACUACUACAUUGGCCCACUGAAGAAAGCAGAGCAUGAACCAGAGGCUGGAGUUUCACAGAGCUUUCUCAGCAUGCUUGCAUCGCCACUAUGGCACCUGGGUGCUGCUCUCCUCUCACCUUUCGGAUCCUCUACGCCAUUCUUGAAUCCCCGAGAGAGCCAGCAGCUUGAGCUUUCAGAGAAGAUCGUUGUGAGCCACGACACCCGGAUCUUUCGCUUCAAGCUGCCUUCUCCGUCAAUGACGCUGGGACUUCCCACCGGCAUGCACAUGACACUGAAAGCCAAGGUGGAUGGCAAGCCGGUGAUGAGGGCGUACACACCCAUGACAGAUGACAGCACCCUGGGUCAUGUGGACUUGCUGGUGAAAGUCUACUUCAAGGGUGUGCAUCCGAGCUUUCCGGAGGGUGGCAAGAUGUCUCAGCACCUGGACAGUAUGAAGAUUGGGGACUCCAUCAACGUCAAGGGACCCAUCGGCGAGUUCGUCUACAAAGGCAAGGGCCAAUGCCUUGUGAAUGGCAAGCCGCGCUUUGUCACUGAGAUGUCGAUGAUCGCUGGCGGCACCGGCAUCACGCCGUGUUACCAGGUGCUGGCAGCAAUCCUCCGGGAUCCGGAGGACAAGACCAUGGUGCGACUUCUGUUCGCCAACAAGACGCCCGAUGAUAUCCUUGCACGAGAUGUGCUUGAGGAGUUGGCGGCCAAGCACCCCGACCGCUUCACGCUGAGUUUCACCGUCGACAAAGUCCCUUCCGCAGACGAGAAUGUGAGCCCCUCUGAUCAAAAGAGCUCCACCUCAGCGUGGAAAGGUCACGUGGGCUUUGUGACUCCAGCCAUGACCAAAGCCUGUUUGUUUCCUGCCAGUGAGGAGACCGUAUGCUUGAUGUGUGGGCCUCCUGUGAUGUUAGAGAAAGCUUGCAUUCCAGCCUUGCAAAGCAUGGGCUACGUGAAUUCCAACAUCUUCUCAUUCUGA